UCAAACACAAGAAGGCUCGAAAAAGGUCAAUUCCUUUUUCUAAUUUGUGAACUGACAUGCGUGUCAUUUCUCCUUCCAGCCCUAAAUUUCAUAUCUUCCGCACACUUAGAAGACGUUGCAGUAAGUAAGCCUUGGGUUCUGCUUCUAACAGAUAGUUGAGAAGGUCUCUGGUUCUUUAAUGGCAGUUUAGCUUAAGAAGUUUCUUACAACCAUGAACAUGGCCGCCGCCGCUUCAAGGCGCUUACUUCUUGGGACUUCCUUUUUUCGAAUUCACAGACAUGUCCCUGCAACUGCAACCUCUAUCUUCCGCACCCUACUCAAAACCCCUUCUUCUCACAGCCCUUCCACUUUUUUCCCUCUCCGGUUCACAAAAGCUUCAUCUUCGACAAGGCUGCACUUCCACGGCUAUAGCUCUUCUGCUGCCCUAGAUAACUCAAUUGACAGCACCGAAGCUCCCGAUUCUCACCCCUGGCCUGAGUGGGUCAUCUUCAUUGAUCGCUUGAAGAGUAAAGGAUAUUUCGAUGAUGGGGUUUCUUCUCCUGUGGAGAACGGUGAGGGCGAUGGUGAUAACAGUACUUCUGCCAAUUUGGGUGGUCACAAAUACAAAGACUUGAAUCUCUUGAAGAAUGCUUGCCUCAGUUUUGCGCGGGAACGGUUCGACAUUUUCAA